CGGAGGCGGCGCGCCAGCCGCGCGUGGGGCGCUCGCCGGCGGGAGGCGGGUCCUGUCACCAUGGCAGCCAGGCAGACGCCCCAGCCGCUUUCCUCCUCGGCCGGUUUAAACCCCACGAGGGACGGGCUGCGGGGGGGCGGGGGGGGCCCGGGCCUGCCUGGGCGCGGGGAAGGGCGAUGCGGCCGCGGAGCGGGCUCGGCCUGGGCUCCGCGUGGGCGCAGCGGCUCCGGCAGCUGGAGCAGCGGUUGCGAGCUAAAGAAGAGCGAAUAGUUGUCCUGGAAACUGAAAACGCUGCUCUUCAUCUAAAACUUGCAGAGUAUCAAGGGUUGGCUGGAAGAAGCACUAAUGAAGUACUGCAGCUGUACUCUGCUCAUGGCCAGCAGCAGAAAUUUCAGAGGAGUUCUGUUGCAACCCAGCUGCAUGGAGCAAUAAAGAGGCUUAAGCAAGACCUGAAGAGCCUCCAUUCAUUUGCUCUUGAGCUUUCAAAAGACUUUCAGCGUCAAAGCAGGUCUUAUCUUUGCCAAAUUUUGACAGCAGUCCAAGGGAUACAGCUGCAAAAUGAAGCAAUGAAAAUUUUUCAGAUAAAAGCUUUUGAUCUUGAGCAGUCUCUACAAGAGGUGACAGAGAGAUAUGAGAAAGAAAAGCAAAAGAGGAGAGCUUUGCAUAACAGCUUAGUUGAACUGAGAGGAAAUAUCAGAGUCCACUGCAGGAUCCGACCAUUACUACCUUUUGAUACUGCUGCUGGACAUUUGAUAUCACAGGAUAGGCAAAGAAACUUUUCAGAAAAAACGGCAUAUGCAGCUGAUGAUGAAACUGUCCUUGUAAAGUGUAGCCGUCCUGGUCAUGCAUCAGUAACCAAGACUUUUCAGUUUGAGAGAGUUUACAAUGCUUCAGAGUCUCAAGACACAGUAUUUGCAGAUGUGGCCCCUUUGCUAACAUCUCUCCUGGAUGGGUACAAUGUGUGUAUCAUGGCUUAUGGGCAGACUGGAAGUGGGAAGACAUACACAAUGUUGGGAUCACAGAUGGAGGAGAACUUUGCAUUCUCCACAGAAGAUGAAUCAGAACUUGGAAUUAUUCCUCGAGCUACCCAAGAAGUGUUCAGGCUUAUUUCAGAAAAGCCACCAGGCAGUUGCUGGGUUGAGGUUUCUGUUGUAGAAGUGUAUAAUAAUGAAAUUUUCGAUCUUUUGGCCAAAGACAGUUGUGGAAAAGUAUUUGGUGUUAAACGUGAUGUUGUCACAACCAGAGAAGGAAAGAGUGAAGUUCCAUUGCUAACGUAUGAGACUGUUGAAAAUGCAUCUGAAUUUUUGCAUCUAGUCAACAAAGGCCUACAGCUGAGAGUCAGGCACCCAACACUGGUGCAUGCUCAUUCCUCUCGUUCUCAUCUGGUAGUUACAUUGACCAUAACCACAAUUGUCUCUGGAGAUAACUUCGAGAGUGAAGGCCAGAUGCUGAGGAAGAGGAAGGAUAUGAAGCAAUCUAGUGCAGCUACAGAACUACCAGGAGUAGUAGCAGGUACUUCGUGGGAAGAUGAACAAACCAGUCAGAAACUAAAUAAAGAGGUUUCCUGCACCUUUCCACAAAAAAUGAGAGACAAUAGGUCCACCUCUUCUUCUAGAGCCUCUUCACCAGCACAACUUGAAGAAACUGAGAAAAUUAAGCAAGUCAAAACUAGAUUGCAACUGGUGGACCUGGCUGGUAGCGAGUGUGUUGGUAUGUCUGGAGUGACGGGAGCAGCACUGAGAGAGACAUCAUUUAUUAACCGCAGCUUGUCUGCCCUAGCAGAUGUUCUUGGAGCAAUAGCAGAACAGCGAUCUCACGUACCAUAUAGAAACAGCAAACUUACACAUCUGCUUCAGGACUCCCUAGGGUGUAGCCACAUGUUUGCACGUUCUUUAACAUUGUGCCCUGUAGCAGUAAGACAAAGGAGGAAGACAGAACAUACUCAUAGUACUGUGCUACAAAUUCCUUUUGUGUUUGGGUCACCUCCUCAUCUAUGCAGAAACAGUUUUAAAGAGGUGAUGCUAAACUGUUGGUGAUGCUGUGCAUUUCUCCUGACCAGAAGUGCUUAACAGAAUCAAUGCAGUCUCUGGGAUUUGGAACUCGUGUUAGGCAAGUUCAGAGAGGACAAGUCAAGAAAAAGAGUUUCCCGGUGCCGAGUAAAGCAAAAUAAAGCCUAAGACUCCUGUGGAUUAAAGUAUUAUUAAUGAGUUCCUCAGACUGAAAUGUA